AUGCAAAUUAGAAAGGUGACAGCCUUGCGCAAAAUUGGCGGAACCAGAAUACCAACACAGCUGUUAGAUCUGGAGCUAAGUCAACUUAGCCUUGCGCACUGUAAAGGGGUCGAAAAGACCAUUUCGUUAUGCGUGGUGUUCUGCACAGACGUUCGGUUGUGGCAGUGGUGGAGUAUGGGCGAUGAGGCUGAAGUGUCCAAGGUAAACUUUCUUGCCAAGGGGCGAUCGACCGAGGCGAGCCGUGGACUGGUCCGUCCCAUCCUUCAACCGCCUUUCCGAUCUUCCAACCAUGGCUUCUUACACGCUGUCACCUAUGAUCCCUGA